AUUUCUGGGUAUGCUCAAAACUUUAAAAAUGGCAGUUGUGUUCUGGACCUCUCCAAGUGUCUUUUCAUUCAGGGAAAACUGUUGUUUGCCGAGCCCAAGGAUGCGGGCUUUCCGUUUGGCCAGGAUAUCAAUAGCCAUGUGGCCAGCCUCUCAAUGGCUAGAAACACGAGCCCCACUCCAGACCCCACUGUUAGAGAGGCUUUGUGUGCCCCGGAUAGCUUACAUGCGAGUAUUGAAAGUCAGGGCCAGAUUAAGAUGUACAUCAAUGAAGUGUGUCGGGAGACUGUGUCACGUUGCUGCAACUCAUUUCUGCAGCAGGCCGGAUUAAAUUUGUUAAUAAGCAUGACAGUUAUUAAUAACAUGCUUGCCAAGUCCGUUUCAGACUUGAAGUUUCCUUUGAUAUCAGAGGGAAGUGGAUGUGCUAAGGUUCAGGUUUUGAAACCGCUGAUGGGUUUGUCUGAAAAGCCAGUCUUGGCGGGGGAGUUAGUCAGUGCCCAGAUGCUCUUCUCAUUCAUGUCCCUCUGUAUCAGAAAUGGAAACAGAGAGAUUCUCCUGGAAACCCCUGCCCCAUAAACGGCCCUCUCGAACACAAUGGGACGGAAUCCACCCACAACGCGCUUGGUUUGCAGAUGUCAAAGAAUCUGCAGAGGGUGCUACUGAAGAUCCAGCCUUAGCCAAUCACCACCUCAUUGGGUGAAAGUUCCAGGGCUCAAUCCAGAACCACACUCUUAUUGGCCAGGCAGGGGCUCCCACAGAGCUUUGAGUAACUUCUUGGUUGUGCAGUCUGCAGGCAAUGUUGGCAUUGUAAAUUCCUCCCUUGCAGCCUCCUUCAUGUGGUGAGGGGAUCACUUCAGCUGCCUGCUGUGGACAAAGAACAUCAAAUUACGGCAUCACGAGUGCUAUUGUUGCCUGUGGUGGUCUCCCUGUCCAAGCGGACCGCUUUGCAGAGACCAGAGGCAUAUCGCAGCUUGAGCUGAAAAUGCAUCUGUUGCAGCUUAGGUUGAAUUAUUUUUCGUUUACUCUUUCUUCUACACGCGCCUGAUGGAUAGUGAACCUAUUCAUCAAAAAAGUGCACUGCUCUUCUGUCUAUUGUACCGACUUAACCUCUUCCUCUUCCACCCAAGUCCGCAUCUGUGUGUAUCAUCAAUAAAGUUGUGUGCUUUGAUUGGCAGAAAA